AAGGUAGCUCGAACAUCAAGACGAGGCGUUCUCUAGCAAAUAUUUCGAAGAAAAGAAAGCAUCGAGGAAACGUGGAAAGAAAACUGAGAGGAGCUUAUUCUGUAGUUGACAGUCUCGUUACAUAGAUUUCUUUAGAAUCGUGGCCUUCCUUUCUUCUUCUCACUUCCCGCCUGCCUUUUUUUAACCCUUUUUCCCUACCACCUUCUGCCAAAACUGCCACCGAUCGGAGAUCGACCGUCCUCACCGACACUUCCACGCGCACUCUCUAUCUCUGUCUUUCUCUUCGUUUUUCUCUCGUCGGAGGAUCAUCGGGGUCUUCGCUCCAGAUCGAUCAGAGGCAGAGGCCAUGUAUCAUUGGAAGGAGAAGGUCGCGGACAAGCUCUCCCGCCUCCUCGCCGAUUCGCCGUCGUCUUCGGGCCAUUUAGCAAAGGAAUCUCCGGCGAGCUCUUCCGAAGCUCAGGGAACUUCCUUUUCCCCUAAGAGUUCAAAUGAUCCAACCACUCCAUCUUUUUCUUCAUUUCUUCUAUCACUUCUUCCAAGCCCUAGGUCUCUCAGCAACAAAGUAUAUAAGACUCCUGAACAUCAUAAGGGCACAACAUCAUUGUUUCGAUCACUUUCUAGCAGGCGGUGGAGAAGUAAAAAAUUAUCAUAUGAAGAAGUUGCUACAGAUUGCGACACAAAUUUCUUAGAUGAAAGUGGUGAAAAUGGAAGGUGGGAGCCUCCUGAAGACAUUGGGCAUCAUAAUGACCUUCAAAGAGGCUCAAAUAUUUCUCCCAAUACUGAUGAAACCUCCACCUCCGAGAACAUAUCGAAGAGCCUUCCAAAUCUUCUGGACGAGUCUUCAUUCAUAUCACCUGACUUAUAUGAGUUUUUACAUUCUUCAGUUCCUAAUAUAGUAAGGGGUUGCCAAUGGGUUCUGCUCUAUAGUACGUUGAAACAUGGAAUUUCCCUCCGCACUCUUCUACGCAACAGUGCUGAUCUUGCAGGUCCUUGUUUACUGGUUGUUGGGGAUAUGCAAGGUGCUGUAUUUGGUGGUUUGUUGAAUUGCCCUCUGAAACCGACGGCAAAACGGAAAUAUCAGGGGACAAAUCAAACUUUUGUAUUUACAACCAUAUAUGGGGAACCAAGACUCUUCAGAGCGACAGGUGCUAACAGGUACUACUACAUGUGUUUGGACGACCAAUUGGCACUUGGAGGUGGUGGUAGUUUUGCACUAUGCCUUGAUGGAGACUUGUUGCAUGGUACUAGUGGGCCGUGUGAAACUUUUGGAAACAAAUGCUUGGCUCAUAAGGAGGAAUUUGAAUUGAAGAACGUGGAGCUUUGGGGGUUUACACAUUCCUCAAGAUAUCUUCCCUGAACUCAAGUUCUUAAUGACAUGAACAAAAGUGGGUACUUCUUCGUUGUGUUAGUUUAUUUCCUACCACCUAUUAUCGUGGUUGCAGUGCUUUCUUGUGAGAGAAGAAAGGGCCGUGAUUUUGGUUUUUGUCUUAGUUUAAUUAUUUUGUCGUGAAUUUAGGAAAAUAAUUUGAUUAUUUGUGGCACAAUUUAGGAAAUUUGUUUUCAUGUAUAAUGUUGUAGAUUCUCUUCAAUUCUGUGGAAUCUUCGUAACGUGUAUUUUUUUGCUCUGAGGGAAAAGAUUGAAAUUUCUCCUUAGGUCAGGUUGUUUUUUGGUGGAAGAGGACCUCGGCUUGCUCUUAAAUGCUAUAAUUUAUGUAUUUGUUAUUUUUGGGAAACAUGAAGCUACCGUCUGCUUUAGCUGAAAGGGAGAAAAAAAUCAUCACGUUGAGGAUGGGUCUGGAAAAAGAUCUAUUUGUGGGUAUUGAUGCUGCAUGUAAGGAUCGCCCAACUGAAAAAGGUUUAAGUUGGCUUUUUGCCUCAUUACGUACGGAGUAAUAGUCAUUGCCAUCUGCAUGUUAAAAAUGUCAAGAACUGGACGUUCGUAGAUGCUUGAUGCCAUCAAAUUAUCAACAUAAAUAAGAACAAACACGGCAGAAUGUGCUAAAAAAAUAUAACAGCCGUUCAUUUAUUGCAGUCAAUAAGUGCUACCUGUGAAUCGCAGAGCAAAAAUAUGAGAAGCUCAAAUACCACAGGGAGCAUCUUUUACUAUGAGGCCAAAGCAAGUCUCCGGUGGAUAAUGGAGACCUCAAAAGCGUUUGACGGCUGGAAGCUUGCUAGCAUAUCGUUGACGGAAGGCCCUUGAGACUUGAACAUACUCCGAUAGGUCUCCACCACCUGAGAUAGCAAGAGCGGCGUU